AUGGCUUCUCCAGCCUUGAGCGAUGGCUCCUAUGAGCCAGAGGUCGACCCAGAAGGCUCCAGCUUCUCUGAUGACGUGCUCGGCUCUGCGAGCGAGAUCAAACCGAAGCAAAAGCGGGUGGCUGCUGGCAAGAAGCCAACAGCAGCAAAAGCACCCGCUCUGCCAAAAUUGCUGAAGGCAUUCGACAAUGAGCAACUGAUACAGCUCAUUUUGAAGAUGGUUGCUGAGAAGCCAGAGCUGCAGGCCCGAGUGCUGGAGAACCUUCCAAAGCCAGACCUUGCCAAGAAGCUUAAAAGGCUAGACCAACUGGAGAGGAAUAUCUGGAGAGCCAUGCCAAACACCCGCUUUGGCUCUGGGCGCGAUGCGUUCUGCUAUCGGCGGUGCUCUGUCCAUGUAGGAGCACUGAAGAAAGCCAUCCUUGAGGAGGGAAAGAACCUGGUCACCUCCGCCGCCUGGCCCACUGUUUUGGAGUACGUUCUUAGUGCUGCGCAGAAUGCAGCGAGCGCACCGACCUGGGACGACUCCUCCAAGAACAACCAGAAGUCGCUGACGUUCAAGGCGCUCGAUGGCUACAUGAAGCAGGCAGCCACCAAGGGCAAGGCAGUGCUUGACCAGGAGGCGUGCACGGAAGCGAUUGAGAAGCUGAAAGGCUACGGGGAGCACUUCAAUGGAAGCAUCGAAGCCCUUGCCAAGCUGGCCUGAUCUUCUAUGAUCCACCCGUCCUCUUUGUGUACAUCUGGUUCGUAAAUGUUAGGCAAGGGCACUCUUUUGAUCGAGCAUGAGUACGCGACGAAGUGCUUGGUAGAGUUAUGCUGUUUCUGGGGUAGCUUUUUGCUAGAAGUUCAAGGUUGUGUGUAGCUAGUUGAAUACACUUGCAGGUCCAGCACAAGAUGAUUGGUACUACAGUUCCCGGCUCCUGAAACCGGGACUGCCAGGACUGCAUGCAAACCUGGUACCUUACAAAUCAGAGUAUACUGCAUGUUUGCGAAGCAAGGGUAAGCAUCCUCAAUUCGUAAGUUGGUGUUUCUCGACCUGUUAUUUUAGGACUCCACGACCUGGACGUGGUCGACGAUGCUCUUGAUUGUUGGACUGUCUUCGUAAUGGCUGGUUUUGCAAAA